AUGGUUUUUCUAAUUAAUAAUAGUUCUACUAUAGAAAUUGAUUCAAUUUUAAAAGAUGAAAAAAUCAUUGGCUUGCCUAAAACAAAAUUAGAGCAUUUUCAAGAAUUUGAUAAAGAAUUAGGAAUUGAUAAUGAGCUUGUAAAAAAAAUGAAAUGUUUUAUAAUCAUUAAUAUGAAAGGAAUGGCUAAAAUUAAUGAUGACAUUAUGGCAGUGAUUCCUAAAAUCAUUUCCAAAGAUGUCCAACUACAGUUUAGUGCUUUUGGGAGAGAGACAAGCGGCAAGAAAAAACUUAACUUUUCCUCAACUAAUGCAUUCAAAUACUUACAAGGUUAUUAUAUCAUUACUUAUAAUCGAAACGCAGGUUUUAAGGGUUUAAAAAGUAUAUAA